AUGCCAAACACCAGUCUAAAGACUACCUUCAAAACAGAACAAGGCACCGGCGAUAAAGAGGAGGGCCUAAGCUUAUGGGUCACCAACGAGGAUGCCGACCCCAGCGUCCAGUACGUCAUCUACGAGAAUUCUUGUGAUGGGCAUCCAUGGAAAUACGCUUCUGCCAGCUCCCGCCGCUUCGUCCAAGUCUGCGACACGGCCUCUGCGAACAACGAAGAUAAGGUCCACAACCUGGGAACCUGGUUCGAGGUCGACUACGACGCCAAGAUUGGCCACAUGUGGGGCAACAUCAGUUUCCUCGAGGGCUGUGAUGAUGGCGGCAAUAUGGCUACUACUGACUGA